AAUAUGUCCAUGGCUCACAGUGAGUCUCUUACUGCGAGGCCCCCCACCGAGGCCCCUAUGAAGCCCUCAGCACUACCGACGGAAAGCUCCAUUUAGAUGGCGCUUGCCGGGGCCUCCGAGAACGGCGGCGGCUGUGACCACCAAACCGAGGCGCUUAUCGCGACUACGAGUCAAGAUGGACGUCACACACAUAGGUAUCACUUGCUCUCCCUUGUCCUCGCCCGCUUGUCCACACGAGCAAACACCCCAAAGCUGCCAUCGUCUGCAUAUAUAUAUAACACUGCUUUUUCCAAACUUGGCCACCCUUGAGCUUGCUUGAAAUUCAAGGCUUCAUUCACUCAAGCUGAAACUCGCCUUACCCCUUGUCGAGAGCCGCCCGUCUCCUGGCGCCGAGCUUGAAUAUAUCAUCCUAUAUACAUACACGCUUGAGUCCGAAAUCUCCUGCACGCGCAAACAUGGGAUCGACGGCCGCGAGAACCCCCGUCCGCCUUGCAAUCCUUGAGGCAGACACCCCCGUGCCCAAUGCAAACGCCAAGUACCACGGCUACAGGGGCGUCUUCACUGACCUCUUCCGACGUGCCGUCGCCCCGGAGCCGCUCGAGGUUCACUUGGACAUCACCGGCUACGACGUCGUCAACGAGCCGGACAACUACCCUGACCUGGAGUCUCUCGACGCCGUCCUGAUCAGCGGGUCCAAGCACUCCGCAUACCUGGACGACGAGUGGAUCGUCAAGCUGGUGGCCUUCACGCGCAAGGCCCUGGCCACCAACGGGAGGGUCAAGGUGGUGGGCGUCUGCUUUGGCCACCAGAUCGUCGGGCGGGCCCUCGGCGUCAAGGUCGACCGCAACGACAAGGGCUGGGAGGUCAGUGUGACCGAGGUCAGAUUGAGUGAGACGGGGAGGGCCGUGUUUGGGUCCGACACCCUGAAAAUACACCAGAUGCACCGUGACAUCGUCUUCUCAAAUCCCGAGGGUGCGCAGAACCUGGGCGAGAACGACAUCUGUGCCAACCAGGGCUUCCUCCUCCCGGGCAAGGCCAUCACGGUGCAAGGGCACCCAGAGUUUACGGGCGAGAUCAUAAGCGAGAUCCUUGAGCUGCGCCACGACACAAAGGUCUUUACUGACGACGUGUACUCGUCGGGCGUGGACAGGGCAAAUAUCGAUCACGACGGUGUCAUGAUAGCACAAGCCUUCUUGCGGUUCAUACAGGGCCAAGAAGCCGUCAAGGCCUAGAGGUCGAAAAUUAAUAGUAAUCAUUGUAACGUAUCUCAACCAUGUUACACACUAAGCAAACAUGACGUCCUCAAAGGCACGACACGUUUAAUUGGUCUGCGUGCUGCGCCGUUUCCCGAGCAUGUUAUGCUCUGGCCCCUCAUCAAUCUUGACCUUGCCAUCUUGACUUCCUACCUCGUCACUGUUCAGCUCAACAUCCCACCAGUUUCUAGACACAGAUGCCUGAGACGUUCCCCCUGGACUGAACCUGCUGGCUCGCUGCUCCCGCUCCAUCUCCUCCUCCCUCCUCAGCCUCGCCCUCGAUCCCUCGUGGAACAUCUCCUCCCUCGUCCUGCCAAUCUCAUUCCUCGAGUCAAAGCUAAAGCCAUUAAUGAAGCUGCCCAUGUUCUCGAAGAAGCCGCCCUGCAUAUAUCUCCACGGCUUCUCGCGCGCGCAAAACACAAUCGAAUCUGCCAAUCCCUGUACGCACAGCGAGACAAGGCU